AUGAAGAAGAUUCUGCAGCAGCAUCUCCGGGAGCCGGUGACACCAGAGCUCCUGGUGAGCCCCAGCAGCCAGGACGGGGACCUGGGCUCUGAGUGCCCAGAAGACAGAGGGAACUGGACAGGGCGGCUGGAUUUCCUCCUCUCCUGCAUCGGAUACUGCGUAGGCCUCGGAAACGUCUGGAGAUUCCCCUACAGGGCUUACACCAAUGGCGGAGGAGCUUUCUUGGUUCCUUACUUCAUCAUGCUGGCCAUCUGCGGGAUCCCCAUCUUCUUCAUGGAGCUGUCGCUUGGCCAGUUCUCCAGCCUGGGGCCACUCGCCGUCUGGAAGAUAAGCCCUCUCUUUAAAGGCGUUGGCAUGGGCACGAUCCUCAUCGUCUCCCUGGUGGCCAUUUACUACAAUAUGAUCAUUGCUUACGUUCUCUUCUACCUCUUUGCAUCCCUCACAAGCGAUUUGCCCUGGCAGCACUGCGGCAACUGGUGGAACACUGACCUGUGCCUGGACCACCAUGUCAUCAAGGCGGGGAACACCACCUUCCCCAUCAACAUCACCAACACCGUCAGCCCCAGCGAGGAGUACUGGAGCCGGUACGUCCUGCACAUCCAAGGGAGCUCUGGGAUCGGGGAUCCCGGGAGGAUCCGCUGGAACUUGUGUCUGUGCCUGCUCCUUUCUUGGACUAUCGUCUAUCUGUGCAUCCUAAAGGGAGUCAAAUCCUCUGGCAAGGUCGUGUACUUCACCGCCACCUUCCCGUACCUCAUCCUGGUGAUGCUGCUCAUUCGUGGCGUGACCCUGGAAGGGGCCUGGAAGGGGAUCCGGUUUUACCUCACGCCCCAGUUUGAUCACUUGCUGUCUUCCAAGGUGUGGAUCGAGGCAGCCCUGCAGAUUUUCUACUCCCUUGGGGUAGGCUUUGGGGGCCUCCUCACCUUUGCCUCCUACAACACCUUCCAUCAAAAUAUCUACAGGGACACCUUCAUAGUGACCCUGGGCAAUGCCAUCACCAGCAUCCUGGCAGGGUUUGCCAUCUUUUCCGUUUUGGGAUACAUGUCCCAGGAGCUUGGGGUCCCUGUUAACCAGGUGGCAAAAGCAGGUCCUGGCCUGGCUUUUGUGGUGUACCCCCAGGCCAUGACAAUGCUCCCCCUUUCUCCGUUCUGGUCUUUCCUCUUCUUCUUCAUGCUGUUAACCUUGGGCCUGGACAGCCAGUUUGCCUUUAUGGAGACCAUCGUUACGGCAGUGACCGAUGAAUUUCCCUACUACCUGCGGCCAAAGAAAGCUUCUUUCUCGGCUGUCAUCUGCAUUGCUCUCUUCCUGAUGGGGCUCAUCCUCACAACAGAGGGUGGGAUGUACUGGCUGGUCCUACUAGAUGACUACAGCGCUGGCUUUGGUCUCAUGGUGGUGGUGAUCACUACCUGCCUCGUGGUGACACGUGUCUAUGGAAUGAAGAGGUUCUGCCGAGAUAUCCACAUGAUGCUGGGCUUCAAACCAGGGCCCUACUUCAGAGCCUGCUGGAUGGUCCUGUCCCCGGCAACAAUGAUGGCUCUGCUGGUGUACAACAUUGUCAAGUACCAGCCCUCCGAGUACGGCAGCUACCGCUUCCCUGCCUGGGCUGAGGUCUUGGGCAUCCUCAUGGGAGUCCUUUCCUGCCUGAUGAUUCCUGUGGGCAUGGUGGUCGCUGUGCUCCGAGAAGAAGGGACGCUGUGGGAGCGAGUCCAGCAAGCCAGCCGGCCCACCAUGGACUGGGGCCCGUCGCUGGAGGAGAACCGGACCGGCAUGUACGUGGCGAGCCUGGCCGGCAGCCAGUCCCCCAAGCCGCUGAUGGUCCACAUGCGGAAAUAUGGGGGCAUCACCAGCUACGAGAACACAGCCAUCGAGGUGGACCGGGAGAUAGAGGAGGAGGAGGAGUCCAUGAUGUGA